AGCUGGUUAACAGUCCAGUGGAUACAAAGAGACGGCAGAGCUUCCUCAUCCAGCAAGGUAUGGCCUCAUCCAGCAGCUUCCUGUCUGAGGAGCAGUUCCAGUGCUCCAUCUGUCUGGACGUCUUCACCGAGCCGGUUUCUAUCCCAUGUGGACACAACUUCUGCUCGGCCUGUCUCAGCAGGCACCGGGCCGACAAGCUGCACUGUCAGUGUCCGCUGUGCAACGAGAAGUUCACCAAAGACCUCAAGCUUCGUGUUAACAUUGAAUUCAGGGAAGUUGUGGAGAAUUUUAAGAAACAUCAUGCGGGUUCCCCAGUGAAACCCGGACAGGUGCCGUGUGACUAUUGCCCUGGCAACAAGAUCAGAGCCUCCAAAACCUGUUUGGUGUGUCUGACUUCCUACUGCGAGACACACCUCGAGCCUCACCACAGAGUCUCUUCCCUAAAAAGACACAAACUGACUAAUCCUGUGCACAAACUUCAGGACAAAAUAUGCCAGAAACACAACAGGAUUCUUGAGUUCCUCUGCAGGGACGACCAGACUCGUGUUUGCUCUUUGUGUACUGAACAUAGCGCUCAUGAUACCGUCCCUCUGGAGGAAGAGUAUGUAGACAAAAGGGCUCAGAUGGGAAAGAAAAAUGCAGAAGUGCAGGAAAUUAAGCAGAAACCAGGAAAGAAGAAUCAGAAGAAAGCGUCAGUGCAGAGCAAGAGGAAAAGCAAAGUGGAAGCAAAUACUGUAGAGUCCAAUCAGACGCAAGAUCCUUUCAUCAGCUGUUUUCCCAAUGAAGGCCCUCGGUGUGUCAGUGAACAUCACAUCCCUGUAGAUAACAACCUGUCUGAGGGGAGGUUCUACUACGAAGCUGAGGCCGGAAGGAAGACGUUCCUGCACUUAGGACUGGUCAGAGUAUUGAUGUAUUUUGGUGGGGUGAUCUUACCAGACACUGCAGAGGGACAUUGGAUUGUCAUGUUGGAGUGUGAAAGGUGCAGAGCUCCUCUUCACAUCCUUGUCUGGAUAAACCAACCUGAGGGCAUCACCCUGUUUGUAGAUCACGAGAGAGGAUUCGUGUCCUUCAGCAAUGCAGACGUUUCACUCCUGACAUACACUUUUAACCGCUGCAAAUUCAGUCAGAGACUCUCUCUUUUGUUUAUCCCGUAUGUGAGCUGGACACAGAAGCUGCUGAGGAGGGUUCAGACUUUGAGACAGUCUUCACAUGACCUCCGCAAUGUUCUUGCUGUCGUCUUUGUGCUUGUGCUUUUCAUUUGGUUGUGCUGUCAAACACCUUAACAGACCUUUAAAGAAGAAAUUUGAUCUCUGGGCUGGUUAGCCAGCUGCACAGUGAAUUUGUGGUUAGUACUGUUAUUUCACAGCUAGAAGAUCCCUGGCUUGGGCCUGGGACCUUUUGCAUAUUCUGUCUGGGUACUCUAACUUCCUCUUAGUCUAAAAAAGACAAUAAAAAUGCUCAGGUUAAUUGGUCAUUCUAAAUUGUCCCUAAGUAUGAAGGUGAGUGUGAUUGUUUGUCUCUAUGUACUAUGUAGCCCUGCGAUAGACUGGUGCGAUAGACCUGCCUUCGUCCAAAUCAGCUGAGAUAGCCCCCCCCAUGACCCUAGUGAGGAUUAAGAGGUGUAUAGAUGAUGGAUGGAUGGAUAGAUGGAUGGGCAGGUUAGUCCCUGCAGGGGGAUACAGCGCACCAGGUAGCUCUGAUGUAAAGGUAUCAGUCAGUCAGACUCUCUGGCUGCCAUCUUGUUUGAUUUUGUUUGUGCUUCGGUUUGUUCUUUUUUUAACUUUUGUUAAAUAGACUUGCUUUUAGUUGCACCUCCCAUCUGGUCUUCCCUUCUGUGAGCAAGACUGUUGUCUGAGAUCAAACUAUCUGAAGUUCAGUUGCUGUUCUAACUAAACCUGGUUUGGUAUGUGUCGUAUAAUAUAUCAUAAAUAUACUAUAAAGUGGUGACAGUCAACCAGUCCCUUUCUCUCUGGCUUCCAUCUUGUUUAAUUUUAGUUUGUCAUCACGUUCUUUUCCUCUUUUAGUUCUGUACAAUAAGCACAUUUUUAGUUUUAACUCCAGCUAUGUUUUCACAUUAUCCUUAUGUCAGCAUGUAUUUCUGCAGUUACAAUAAUUCUAAACAAAACAAGAGAAACCUGCUAUGAUGGUGGAUGCCAAGCAGAAUCAUGGGGGUGAAGAAAUCAGGAACAGAAUAAUGAAGUUUUAUACAAAAUCAGUGUGUAAAUCCCAAUAAAUGAUGCUGAAGCUGUAA